GUCUUUAAGGCUGUUUGCUGUGAGCGACUCUACCAGAGGAAACAGAAGAGGACCGAGUGUGUCUGUUUCUCCAGCUCUAAACAUGCUGCAGCUGCUUCUCUUCCUGCUGCUGUCCUCCACAGCCGACAGCCAGAGUCAGCGAGUGUCGGGCUACAAGAAGUCAAACGCGUGUGCGUGCGAGGUAAACUCCACCGCGUGGCUCUUCCCCGCUCAGCAGUUCUUGGGCGUGUUGGGGGAAGUCGCGACCUGCCAAAAAUCUCUGAAUGACCUGCAAGAAGAGCUGAUGUUCUCCAGCCAGCGCCUCCCUCUGAUCCAGGAUCAGGUCGCCAACUUUACAACCCGGCUGGAGCCUUACAACUACCUGCACUUCCGCGGCCUGUACACAGAACUGCAUCUGCGUCAGCUGGGCCAGGAGCUCAGCACGUUAAAGCAGAACAUCGAUGAGGUCCAAACCCAGCUCAACAACUCAGACACACAGAAACUCUCGAGAGAGGUGGAGAAACUGCAUAAAGAUGUAAAAAAGAUCCAAAACUCAGACACAGUUAACAUGAAGGCUGUGAAGGAGAAACUGCGCCACCUAAAGAACAAUGUGGAGUCCUGCAAGUCGAUCCCCAAAGACUUCAGAGGUGACAAAAAGUACUGCCUGAAAGGCCUGAUCACCAACAUCAGCGACCCUAUCACCUCUAAAGUCAGUCCCUAUGGUAAGAGCUACAUCUCAGGUUCGUGGGGCAAGCAAGCCCAGAUGGAGAGCAAUGGGGAGAAGAACAGCUACUGGGUUCAGCCUCUGGUCAGCAGUCACAUCUGGGGCAACACCGUGCGUGUUUAUCAGACCUACGAAGACUUCAUGGCCUCAACAAACCACAGAGACUUUACCUUCGCCUCAUCGCACAGCCACCCCAACGCCAUUGAGGGUCCGAGUGCCGUGCUGUAUGGCGAGGCUCUGUACUAUAACUGCUACCGCUCUGCAGACAUCUGCCGAUACGACCUGAAGACCAACGAGGUCAAACGGGUCACCCUUCCAGGCACUGGGGUGGGCUUCAACAACAAGUUCCCCUACUGUUACUACGACUGCCGGCUCAACAGCGAUGUGGAUGUGGAGGCAGAUGAAACGGGACUGUGGGCGCUCUAUGCCUCUGUAGGGAACCACGGUAACCUCGUGAUCAGCCGACUGCUGUGGGACAGCGAGGCCAAGACCCUCAACGUGACACAGACGUGGGAAACCAGGCUGUUCAAGAAGGCGGCGAGCAAUGCCUUCAUGGUGUGCGGUGUGAUGUACGCGACUCGUUACGUUAACGAGUACCGCGAGGAGGUGUUCUACGCCUUCGACACAGCCACAGGCAAAGAGGACAACUGGCUAGCACUGCCGAUGGAGAAGGUAGCUAAAGGAGUGGCCAGUCUGAGCUACAACCCCACCAACCGGCAGCUCUACAUGUACAACGAUGGAUACUUACUGGCCUACCAGGUCCACUUCUGAUUGGAUGCUUCAUGGAGAGUUAUGGUCACAUGACUCAGCAAGAAAACAGCAACCAGAUUAUUUUAUGUAACAGCAGUGUUAGCAGGCAAUGCUAAUGCUAAAGGUAUAUCAUGUACGCUGUACACAGUGUUCUGUUAACGGAUCCUAAU